AUGAAGGGAGGCCGCCGCUCGCUGUUGCUUCUGCUCAUGACCGUGGCCUUGUGCUACAGCGCGCUAUCCUCAAGCAGUGCCCACGCUGAAGUGUCCACGGGCUCGGAGGAAGUGCUUGGAAGAAGCAAGCCGAGUCUGCUGGUGAACGACCUGGACGAUGAACCGCUGACCGGUGGCGAGAAGUUUGAGUUCCAGGCCGAGGUAUCGCGUCUUAUGGACAUCCUGAUUAAUUCACUGUACCGCACCAAGGAGAUCUUCCUACGCGAGCUCAUCUCCAACGCCUCGGAUGCGCUAGACAAGAUCCGCUUUCUAGCUUUAUCCAAUAACGAGCUUCUGGGCAAACUCCGAGACCUGGAGAUUCGCAUCAGCUUCGACAAGGACGCUGGCACUCUCACCAUCCGAGACACGGGCGUGGGUAUGACCAAGGACGACCUUGUCAACAACCUCGGCCAUGCAAGCUGGAACAGACGACAGCAGCCUCAUUGGUCAGUUCGGUGUCGGCUUCUACUCAGUCUACCUCGUGGCGACCGUGUGCGCGUUGUAAGCAAGAACAACAACGACGACCAGUACAUUUGGGAGUCGGAUGCCAACGCAUCUUUCACGAUCGCCAAGGACCCACGCGGUGAUACACUUGGUCGUGGUACGGAGAUCACGCUGUUCCUAAAGCCUGACGCUACCGAGUUCCAAGACCAAGACAAACUCAAGAACCUCGUUGGUCACUACAGCGAGUUCAUCACGUUCCCUAUUUACGUAAACACAACGUCCACCGAGACGUACGAAGUGGAGGAGGAGCCUGCAGAUGUCGAGGAGGUCGUUGAAGAAGAGAAGGACACGGAGAAAGCCACUGAGGAAGACGAAGAGCUUGAAGCUGUGGAAGAAGAAGAGGCGAAGACUCCGAAGUCUCGCACCGAGACUCGUACGGUAUGGAAGUGGGAGCGCGUGAACGAGGUCAAGGCCAUCUGGACGCGCUCCAAGGACGACAUCAGUGACGACGAGUACGAAAGUUUCUACCACUCGCUGCAGAAGACCGACAUUACAGACCCGUUGACGUGGAUCCACUUCCAGGCUGAGGGUGAGCUCGAGUUUAAAUCGAUCUUGUACGUGCCUGGCCAAGCUCCUCGUGACUUGUACACUCGUUUUGAGAACAAGAAGGCCGACAUCAAGCUUUACGUCCGUAAGGUUCUCAUCACGGACGACUUCGAUGAUUUCUUGCCGCGGUAUUUAAACUUUAUCGCUGGUGUUGUGGACUCCGACGACUUGCCUAUCAACGUGUCGCGUGAAACGCUACAGGAGAACAAAAUCUUGCGUGUUAUCCGCAAGAAACUUGUCCGGAAAGUUCUAGAGAUGCUUCGUAAAUUGUCUGAGAAGGAUGAAGACGACGAUGAAGACGACGAGGAAGAUGACGAGGUUGUGGACACCUCAGCCGAUGAGUCGAGCGAUAAGAAGGAGACUGAAGAAGAUGCGGAGAAAGAAGAGGAGGAAGAGGAAGAUGGAAAUGCCGCGUACAACAAGUUCUGGGAGGAGUUUGGCAAGAACAUCAAACUUGGCGUGAUGGACGACGCUGCUAACCGUGGAAAGCUGGUGAAGCUGCUGCGUUUUGUUACUAGUGAAAGCGAUGGCAAGUGGACAUCGCUGGAGCAGUACGUGGACCGUAUGAAGGACUGGCAGGAUACGAUUUACUACAUCGCAGCUGAGAAUGCGGAGGCUUGUGAGAAGUCUCCAUUCAUGGAGAAGAUGCGUGCCAAGGGUCUAGAAGUGCUCUACUUCGUGGACGCUCUAGACGAGUACAUGGUGUCGCACAUCUCGGAGUAUGACGGCAAGAAGCUCGUGUCUAUUACUAAGGAAGGCAUCAAAUUUGGUGAUGAGGACGAGUCGCUCAUGCAAAAACGCGAGCAGCUGUACGCAGACAAGUACGUGGCUCUCACGACCGCUCUCAAGACGCUGUACGCAGACAAGAUUUCUCGUGUGACCAUGUCGCAGCGUGUGGUGGACUCACCUGCUGUUAUGGUGACGUCCCAGUGGGGAUACUCGGCCAACAUGCAACGUAUCAUGAAGGCGCAGACCUUUGGCAAUGGCGAGAAGAAUUCUCCAAUGUACGGCACUGGAUCUGCGAUCCUGGAGCUGAAUCCUCGUCACCCCAUCGUCUCCAAGUUGAAUGACUUGAUGAUGAGCGACCCUGAGAAGGACGAAACGAAGGACCUUGCUUGGCUGCUAUACGACACGGCUCUCAUCAACUCUGGCUUUGACAUGUCGGAGAAGAACCACUUCUCGGCACGUAUCCACCGCAUCAUGAAGAGCAGUAUGCGUAUUGACAGCUUGGAGCUGGAGCCGGAGAUUGAAGUCCCGGAAGAGGAGCCUGAAGUAGACGAGGAAGAGGCGGAGGACUUGGACGAGUCGGAGACGCAGUCGGACGAAGCUGGAGCGACUGAGGAAGCGGAUGAACCUGUCGUCGAUGAAAAAGAUGAGCUGUAGAGUGGAGAGAAGACCGUAAGCUAGCUUCGAGGCCAUAGUACAAGUUCUUCUUACAGUUUUC